AUGGGUUCGAGGAGUGUGGACGAGCUAUAUGGAUCAAUCGAGAGCGAUCCGUAUACGCUGGAGCGAAUCGACCAGGUACCAUUUCCCAAUACCCCUUUGCAUAAGGCAGCUUCUGAUGGAGAUGUGCCUUUGGUAAAGGAGUUGAUGAUUUUAAAACCAUCAUUUGCUGGGAAAAUAAACAAAGAUGGGCAUACCCCUAUGCACCUCGCCUUAAAGAACGAUAAGAACAAUCUUGGUGUGGUUCGUGCAUUAUUGGAGUCUGAACCCUCUCUUCUUGGUGUUCAAGGAAGAGAGGGUGAAACUCCUUUGCAUAUUUUGGCUAAGAAAUUUGAGAAAGGAGAAGGUGAUGUAGAGGCCGGCCAAAAUCCUUCGCCUUACUUGGCCAAGAACAAAGAAGAUCAAAAACAAAGGCUUGAACUCUUGGAUGAAAUUGUAUCCUCCGAGAAUUUUUUCCGACACAGUAUCCAAGUUAAGACUACUAAGGGGAAGACCGCACUUCAUAUUGCUGUGGAGAAUGAAAAUGUUGAUGCUGUUGAUAUCUUAGUAGGUGGACUGAGAACAGCAACCUGGGAAGGUUCAGAAGCCCAAGAGUGGGAAAUAAUAAACAGGAAGGAUGGGGAAGGGAACACUGCACUACACAAUGCAACCACUAAGAAUCAACUCCAAGUGGUGAGAAUAUUAUUAGAGAAUACCAAAAUUGAAGUAAAUGCAAAGGAUUCGAGGGGUCGUACAGCUCUAGAUAUCUCCAUUGACAAUGGAUACUCAGAAGUCAAGGAUAUACUACGCGCUGCUGGAGCUAAAACAGCCUGUUCCCUUCCUAAAGGUUCCAGGUCGAAAAAUCAAUUGCAGUCCAAGGUGCCAUUGACAGAACAAUUUGCCAUAUAUUUCGGUCGUUUAAGAAACAACACUAAGAAUGAAUCACGCAAACUGUUACUAGCCGUAGCUCCAAUGGUUGCAGCAGUGGCAUACCAAGCUGCACCGACUCCUCCCGGAGGAGUUUGGCAGGACAACGAUGACAACACUGCUACUACUAGUAAUAAAGUAGCACAUCGAGCAGGGAGAGCUAUCAUGGGGAUUAAACCCUUUUCCGUUCUAUAUUUUUGCAACACCGUCACACUUUUUGCUGCAACCAUAAUUAUAUUGGUUCUUCUCCCCAAAGGCCAAAUUCGAAACCUGCUGAGUGGGCUUCUCUUUCUCUAUCUUUUGGGCUAUGUACUGUCUUUGGAGGUCAUAUGGCCAAGCAGGUCUACUAGGUAG